ACAGUGCACAGACAAAAUUUCCAGAAAUGUUGAGAGAAAUGAGAACCUUUAUAUCCACAAGCUAGCUUCUACACUGUAGUUGUGGUGCGUUCGAAAACAUGCCCUGUUCACGCUGUCAACAGGAGUUUUCUUUGUUCCAACGGUCUCACGGCUGUGCAGUGUGCCUUUUCAUAUUCUGCAGCAAAUGCAGCAAUCACUGGCUGAAGCUGGAUGGUGAGAAACAACGUGUGUGCGAGAAAUGCUAUCAAAAGCUGACCAACACGUCUGCCGAUGAGAAGGCAAAACCCACACCAGACUCAGAGCAUCGUGAUCACCCGCCAGAAUAUACACCCUCUGUAACUGUAAGUGGAGAAAGCUCCAGAACAAACGACUUGAGACAUGAGGGGGAUUUCCCUACUGCGCCUGCUCAUGGCACUGCACAACUCAGUAGCAGGUCUCCUUCAGCCAACCGUGCCGUCCUAACUCCCGCUCAGGUCCAAACUAUUCGUAACUUACCUCCUAGCCAGAGAGGUGCUGCUGAAGCUAGGCUGUUAGCUGCUGCAUCCGGUCAAGCAGCUAAGCCUAAGAAAAGCCCGUCGAUUUCCCCUAAUGUUGACCGCAGAGCGUUUCAGCACUUGCCGCCAAGUCAGAGAAAAGCAGCUGAAUCCCGCGCGGAGCAAACGGUCAAGCACGUCAGAGAGCCGCAGGACGUUGUGUUGGAACAGCGCUUAGCUGAGCUGAAGCAGAAACCCAAAGCUGCUGCCAACAAGGAUGACAGCGGUGGCGGUGGAGGUCAGCCUUCUGGCACUGACCGAGCAGCUGCCAAUGCUGGUAGUGUAUCGGCAGAUGACAUUGAGGGUCGCCUGGCACGGCUUAUGGGUGUCGAUAAGUCCACUCUGGAACAGAAAACACAUCACUCUGCCGCCAAGCGGGCACCAAAGAUGACGGCGGACGAAGAGGUCGACCUACUCCUGAACCAAACCAACGAGGAAGUGGAGCUGGACAGCAUCCUGGAUGCACAAGACGAGAACUUGCAUGCCCGCCUCGGUAACCUACGCACUGCAUCACCGAAGCAUGACACAACAGCCAGUACAGAUAACAGCACCACUGCACUAUCCUCCAAACUACCACCAAAUGAAGAUGUAGAAGGUAGUGAUGAUGCCUCUGCAGAUGCUGACCAGUCGGCAUUGACCAACGAGGCGGAAUCGCUGCUGAAAGACCUGAUUGCUAUGAACAAGAAGGAACAACUCGCCGCUCAGGAAUGGCUUGCCCAAGACGCGGAGAUAAUGGCGCGCGUGGCUCAGCUUAGCAGGACAGCGGAGGGCGAUCCCACUGCUGAGGGUCAGUCCCAGAAUGCCAGCGGCAACUCAAGUGGGAAGGCGAAUCUUGACAGUGAGGUAGCCAAGGCAAUGUCAAUGCAUGAAACUUUUGGCGCAUCAGAUGAUGAUGAUGAUGAUGACAGCAGUGACAUGGAUGAUGAAGGCACGGGUGUCAACAAGCUGUUGAAACAGCUGCAGGAUGAGGCUGACCUUGAUGAGAACCUGGAGAAAGCCGGUCUGUCGGAUGCCCUGCGAUCCCAGGACCCGCCGACGCCAGCACAGGCAGACCAACCUCCCCCAUCAUCAGCAGAAGCAGCUGCGCCAUCAACUGCAUCUACAGGCAGUGGGACGGGGAUUGCACCAGCAGCGGACCUCCAUCGACAACCACCUGUUGCUCCUGCUGCUACUGCCAACGUUGCGUAUCAUGACCCGUACCGACAGGAAGAUGAACUGCCGUGGUGUUGCAUCUGCAACAGCAACGCCGUAGUGCGCUGCUUGGACUGCGACGCAGACCUUUACUGCAAGAAAUGCUUCUUGCAAGGUCAUCGGGAGUUUUCCAUGCACGAUCAUCAGAUCGUAAAGUACCGUCCCCCGCCCAAGCCAAGAGAUUGAGGCUUGCAACAUCUAUCAUAAGCCCUGAACACAUGUCCUUGACCGCUCCUGGACGCUUCAAAUUUUGACAGACUAGUGCCCGGUGCAAUAGUUUCCAUGCUGGCCAUAACUUCCUUGCUGCACCCGUCACACUAACUAGAGAUGAAAAAAUUCUUUAGACUUUUUACCAGGGAGUCGUCAAAUACCAUGACUCCCGCUUUUUACUUAUUCGCACCUACCUCAAGCCAAUGAGCGUCUGAACUCUAAAA